UUCAGACUUUCUAGAUUAACUGCAAUGUUUAGUCUAGAUAGUGUUUAAAAGAUUUUUUACGUUAUAUGUAGUAAAAGAAAUAUAACUUUACUUAAGACUAAUUCUAUUUCAGCAGCGCGCGUAUAAAAUCAAUGUUUAUUUUAGGUUUCUUACCAGCAGUAGACAGGUCUGCAAGAGGUAACUAUGGGCUUAUGGAUCAGGUAGCGGCUUUACACUGGAUUCAAGAGAAUAUAGAGGAAUUUGGAGGUGAUACUGGAAAUGUAACUAUAUUUGGACAUGGAUACGGAGCUGCUUGCGUUAAUUUGUUAAUGUUAUCUCCUAUGGCUAGAGGUUUGUUCCAAAGGGCUAUAAUGCACAGCGGAUCUGCUUUAAGCCCAUGGGCAAUUGCUAGAGACACUAUCACCCAUACACUUCAUAUAGCUCGAGUUCUCGACUGUCCGGCUCAAGACAGCACUGCACUG